AUAUAUAUAUAUAUAUAUAUAUAUAUAUAUAUCAUUUGCAAGUGAUAACUAUUAAUGUUUUUGUUUCACACUUUUGCAAAUCAUAUUCAAGGAAUUAAAACAAAACACAUGUACGUAUUUCUUCUUAAUGUAAUACACUACUUUAACAUGUUAAAUGCAAAGAAACAAUCAAAUUAUGAAUUAGUAAGAAAGACAAUAAAAUGAUGACUCUAUUUAAUUUUAAUUCCAUAUAACAUGCUAUUCCUAUUCUUAGUAGUACCACUAUUUAUUUUGAUUACACUGUUUCCAUAUAUCAUAGUAUUUCUAUUUUUGAAUCAAUUGAUAUAUUUUGACCCAAGAAAAAAACCAAUGGAUAUAUUUGAAUAUAAUAUCUUUGAUUUCAGUUAGUCAAACAAAAACUUAAUUUUUAUUUAUUUUGUAAACUUACACGAAUAUUUUUUCUCUCUUUUAGAAAGUAGAACAUAUUUUUUUACUAUGAAUGUUUGAUUUUGUCUUUUGACUAACACAAUAUUAUGAAUAGUCUCUAAUUAGGUCGAUUUCUCUGCAUCAUAUUGUAUCACUACAUCUAGGAUCCUAAUUUGAUAUUUCGAAAUCUUGCAGUUCAAAUUUUUUAAAAACAUAUACACAUUCUGAAUAAGAGAUUAUAUGAAGGAAGAAAACAUAACUUUGAACCAAACUUUUGUUAAUAUAUGAUAAAUAAACCAAAGGGCUACAAUAACUGAGAAAACAGAAAAGAAAACUUAAACUUAAACCAGAGUUUUGUUAAUAAACUAAAAGGGACAACAACAUAAAAAUAGAGAACACAUUUUGAUUAUCUUUCAUCCAAAUCUAUUAAUCACCCAAAUUCCACCCUUUAUUCUAUGCUACUCGGCUGAAGUCACUAACCAAACAUAACGAACCUAGUUACUUGGUUAUAGAAACACAUAAUGAACCUUCUUGUGACCACCAAGUGCUUGACCGGAUCCAAACACUCUGCCACAUAUUUCACAUUUGUAAUGUCGAACCAUGGCUUGACCAUUCUUGUCACAAAUCUUCAACCGUUUGGUCCUGUGACUCGUUCGAUGACCACCUAAUGCCUGAUACGAAUGCAAAACUUUUCCACAUAUAUCACACGUAAAUUUUUUCUUACACUGAUUCUCCUUCUCAACUAAAUAUGUUUCAUCCUCGUCAUCCUCAUCUUCAUUCUCAUCGAUGUCUUCUGUUAAGACUCUCACAUUUGAAGCAACAUAUUUAUCUUUGUCUUCUCUGUCAUCAUCAUCAGAAUCUAUAUCGAUAGACUUUCGAGUAUAUUCUUCUUUUUCAUUUGGAGUUGCUAGCAAGCGGUCAAUAGCAUUCCAAUUCUGAGAAUUUUCUGGUCUCUGUCCCUUAGACAUGGCUACAAGACACAAAGCACAUUCUUCAACAGCUGUUAAAGAACUCGGACACUCAUCUACAUCCACGACGAACUUUCUCUUGCCUUUUAUUUGUUGUCCACCUUCUCCUCUCUUUAGAUCUGGUUCCGGACCAACUUCACUUGUGUGGACAGAUCUCAUCAAAACUGUUUCAUUAGGUCUGAUGUUUGCUGCAAGUUUGGUGAGUGUCUUCAAUGUUGGGACGGUCGAGCCAGUUGCUGAUUCUGCGUUUGAUGCCGAAAUUUUCCGAGUGUGGGACCUCAUGUGGCCUCCUAAAGCUCUCCCAUUUGGAAAUGAUUUCUUGCACACUUGACAGUUUCUUGUUUCAUUGAGAAGUGAAUACAUCAUGACGAUGGAAAGAAAGAAGGUAGAGAUUUUUAAUGUUUUUUUCUGGGAGAAGUGUUUGUUUGAAUAUGUUGUUUUGUAUCAUUUCGAGGUAUAUAUAGUUGCAGAGAUUGAGGAAUACGUAAGUACGUGUAGAGUUCUAUUCAAAAGGAGUUAUCCACUUACCAUAAAUGUUUAGUGACAUAUAUGCUCUAACAAUUAUUCAGCAAACUAAUUAUUAUUCCCUGUUUUUCUUAUAUAAUAGAAAUCACCUUCAAAUGUUUAGUGUUUUUAUUAUUUUGCAGCUUAAUACAAAAGUUAUGGCAUGCAAAUAAUUUUUAGUUUGACUGAUAAAUAGUUGACUAAUUAAUACACACGGUACGACGAAAAAGCCCUCAAGUAUAGAAAAUUCAUGCAGUAAAAAAAAAAAGUAUAGAAAAUUCAUGUCGGUCUCCCUAGUUAGCAAUAUUUGGGCUAGAAAACACCAAGCCCAUUUUGGACGAAGAUAUCGAAGCCCAUGUUAUCUACGAGAGGUCACUGUUUUAUAUUCGAGACUAUUUAAAAUUGAAAAAUUUACUCCUAGAGAGACUUUAUGAAUUUCCAAUUACACUUGGAGACACAUUGCACUUGCCACACACAUUUUGUGUAUCUAAAGACACUAACAUCCCUGAACUAGACUAAAUUUCAGUUUCUCACUCUUCUUCUCUCCUAACUCGUUACGCAAACUCUUCUUUUUUUUUCUCGAAAGAAUAACAAAUUCAUCCUCUUUCUUAACUCAAUUAUAUUUUCUCAAAUGUUCAAACCUAAUUCACAGAGUUCAAUAAAAAAAUCAAAAGAGGAUUGAUUGGUGUGAUGAUAAGACCAGAGCUUGUAAUGAAAUCGAUCAUGGACGGGAUCAGGAUUCGCCGUGGCUGAGCUCGGGAUCCGCCAUGGAUGAGCUCGGGAUCCACCGUGGAUGAGCUCGGGAUUCGCCGUGGCUGCAGAGCUCGGGAUCCGCCGUGGAUGAGCUCGGGAUCCACCGUGGAUGAGCUCGGGAUUCGCCGUGGCUGAGCUCGGGAUCCGCCGUGAUGAGCUCGGGAUUCGCCAUGGCUGAGCUCGGGAUCCGCCGUGGAUGAGCUCGGGGUCCGCCGUGGCUGAGCUCGGGAUCCGCCGUGGCUGAACUCGGGAUCCGCCGUGGAUGAGCUCGGGAUCCGCCGUGGCUGAGCUCAGGGUAGCUGCUGUAGAGUAUCAGAGAGUGGAAAAGCUCGAGAUUCAGCGACCGUUUCACCGCCUCGAUAACCCGUAAAACUCACCGGACAUUUCAAAUCCACUGUGAGAUAACCUCUUUCCAGAUUUCGCUGGAACUAGUUAACUAGAUCUGAGCGUCGGUGAGAGGUUCUUUGAUCCGUUCGAGGAAACAUGGCAAGGAUGAGAAGUUUUAUAGGUUUGAUUAACAAAAUACAGAGAGCCUUUGGAAAGCUCUCCCAACCGUAGAUGUCCUUGGUGGCCAGGUUUGAUCUCUUUCCGUAAACAAAUAUACAGAUUUUGAGCUUUUGUUGUUCUGAUGAGGAGAAUGUGUAACGUAUGUAAUUUGUAUAUAAAGAUUGGAUUUUGAUGUUCUUAUGGAUGGUUUCUACCUUUCUGUUUCCAGAAUCAUUGAGUUAUUGUAAUGGUUUUAUCAUUGUAACUUCUUCGUAAGGGCUUUGAUCUCUAAAUACUUUGCUUAUGUUAUAACCAGAGUCUCUUUUGGUUUGUGUUUACAUUUAUAGCUUCAGUUAUUUCCAACGGAACGUGCUCCACCAUCACCCGUUACAUGGACAAAUGGAUGGACUCUCACCAACGAGUGGGUACAUGGCCUUAUGUCCUCUUUUGAAUAGUCUUCAUGGAACCUCCCUCCUUCUCAGUUCCCUUCAGUGAUGCCUGUCAACGUCUUCGACUCCCUCAUCCUCACUGCUUCCAAAAUCCUCCACCAAGAACGCAUUAUUGUCCAUGUUGAUGAUCUGGACUCUGAUUCAAAAGUUGUUGUGGUUGGUGACAUUCAUGGUCUCGAGUUCUGAAGCAUGGAGGGUCUUGAGUUCUAGGAAGACCUUUGUACUUUGCUGCUCUUUCACCUGGUAAUCAUCUUAGAUUAUGGAUAUUGUAUUAAUUGCAUCUUUUUCUGUCAUGUUUGACUUCUUUUCACAGUUUUUUUAAAUCUUGGUUUAUGAGUGUGGAAUCUACUUGCCUACUAGAAUUGGUAAUGAGUAUGCAUUGACAAUCCACAUUUGUUCAUAGAGUUGGUAAUAUUGUUCCCAAGAUCCUGUCCACAAAAAGAGCAUCCACAAAAAAAGCAUAUUCAUCUCAAGUCUCAAACCUUCCAUAAACCAUUUUCUAGGCAGUUGCAAUCCAGUUCGGGUUACUCUUUUUGCUUUUAUGUGAAGUAACAAUGAUGUUGUGUUCUUUGUCUUAAGAUAGAUUCAAAGUGUUGGGGUUUCUCAUGGUUUCAGGAGGGUAACACUGCCGUGGCUAAUGGGACUUAAAAGAAGCUGUAAAUCCAUCAAGAGAAACCGUAAGUUACCAAGAGCUCAUUCAUAUAUAAUCGUUGGACAUGUUUGAAUUUAAGCUUUGUUUUUCUUGUUGGACAUGUUUGAAGUUAUUAACCUUUUGGUCUGUUUAACUUUGUUUUUCAUCACCCACCUUUUGUUUUUCUCAAUGGACAUGUACGUGGCUGUUUUUGGUUUGAACUUAUUAACUUGUUCAUCUUUGAGAUUUGGACACAUUAGUAUCUAUAUCCAUAGCCUUUUAAUGUCACAAUUUUUUUUUAUCUAAGUUGUUUAGUGUUAGUGACUCUGUCCACCACAUCAAGUUUGGAUUCUCUAUCCACAAAUUUAAAAGAUCUCUUUUUUUAUCUAUGGUCGUCCACAUCCACAACAUAACCAAAAUAUUUGAUCAAAAAAUAAAAUAACAAUUUCAAACUAUUCCAAAAAAGUGUUAAAAAAAGACUAUUUCAAAACAAAAACAAAAAGUUCACGUGCUAUCGAAACCGUAAGCCAACUUCUCUUUCAUUUCAAUAAGGGCAUAACUGUCCACAUUUUCUUUGAGCCCACCACAAAGUGCCUUGCAAGUAGAAAGUGUCUUUAUAUGCAAUAGAAACUCAAAAUGUGUCCCAUAUGGUAAUCAAUUCGACUGAACUCGUAAGCUUUUAAUGAAUGAAAAAGAAAAAUGCCUCGUUGGAGGAAAAAAAAAGUUAAACAGACAAUCAAAACAUAGAACAGAGUACCAGUGGCAGUGUUUAAUGUAUAGGCUCUCGUCACUUGUGUUAUACUACUACUUCUACAUUUGGAAAAGAUGAACAUGAUCAUUUAUGGUGUGGUCUCGAUGUAUCGAAUUCAAGUUGUAUUAUAGUAAUUUUAUAUUGUGGUUUCAGUCAGUGUCAAUAUGAUAAUAUUAGAAGAGUUGACCUAAGGUUAUAUUAAUGGUUGAUGUAUAAUAAACGCACGAUAAAAUUUCCCAUUUAAUGUUCAUCUGCUAUUUUCCCAGAUCUAAUUGAAAAGAAACCCUUGUAACGUUUGAGAAAUUUCGAUAAUAGUAAUUUAACUACUCUUUGGUGGUGUAGCGUGUAGAAAGACUUACCAUGCAAGUUAAGGGAGUAGAGUGAAUUCUUGCACUUUUAGUUAAAUUUUGUAAUCAUGUUUGGAUGGUUAUUGUAGAAGCAGGCAUAAUUCUUUCAUAGAUUUUGAAGAUUAAUUUGGAUCCUGGCACAAAAUCCCCCGUCAUAUGAAAUUAUUGUAUUCUUUCGGUAAAUGUUACAGCCACUUAACACAAUAAUACCUUAGGCAUCUUUCAGGUCUAAUCAUUUCAUAAAAAGCAUGGACAAUUCUGAAUCUCUGAUAUCUAACAGGGAACAAGGACAUGUUGGAAUAUAGAUUUUUUGUCUAAAGCAAGCUGCUUGACAAAAAUGUUAACAAAGACUAUCUGACAUUUGUAAUUUUAAAAAUACACAGAAAGUAUAAAUACUCUCUUUGGAUGGUACAGAUCUUGCCAGAGUCAAAAGUGUAUAUGUUGUCUACCCAAAACUGGAAAAGAAAACAAUACACACUUAUGACAAUUAUAAUCGUAUUCGUUUUAUACACUUUUUUAAUUCUUUGCUUAAUUUUUAUUUUCCAAAUUAAGUAACUUCUUUUUUCAGGGUAUGUAUAAGAAAAUAGUUCCUCCAAAUAUAUAGAUCAUGAUGUGUCUAACAACAUUUUUAUAAAUAUAAAAUUUAGAAUUAAUUUUCUUGAAUCUCAUUCUAUUUUCUAUUUAUAGUGAAAUAAAAUUAUUCAUAGAGUAAUGCAUUUAUCUUUUACACAAUACUUCAUUUUUAACUUGAAAAUGAAAUAAGAUUUAGAGUAAAAUUUAAUUUCAUUAUAAAAGAAAAGGAGAGAUUUAUAAACUUCCACUAGACGUAAGUAGUUUAGUUUAGUUUCACUGUUAAAAUAUUGUCUAGGCUGUCUAGUCUCCACUAGAUCUUGUAUCUAUUUAAAGCAAGCUGAAGAUGUGAGAGCAAAGUGAACCAUCCAAUCCAUCAUCAAAACAUAAAGCAGAGUAGAAACUCUCUCGUGUCUAUCUUUUUUAUUGACAGCGUUUAAAAAUGCAAACUUCAAGUAUGUCGAUGAGUUUUGGUCCUAAAAUUAUCCCUCGCACUCACAAAGUCACUCUCUAUCACAAGACCAAGCUUUCUCUUUUACCUCGCCCUUUGCUUCAAAACCAAACUCUUCCUCGAAAACCCACAAAACAAGAUUCGUUCUAUGUAAUGGCUACUAGUAACGAUCUUGAGAAUACUCGUCCCUUGGCUCAGUUUACCCCCACUUUCUUAGGAGAUCACCACUUCUCUGUUCCUGUCAAUGAUUCUGAAAUCGAUGAAAUUGAGCAUGAGAUUGAAUCAGUUAUGAAGCCGUGUGUGAGAGAUAUGCUCAUGUCUUUUCACACCUGUACCAAGGAUAAGAUUCGUCUCAUUCACUUGCUUAUCAGUCUAGCGAUUUCCCAUUAUUUCGAAAAUGAAAUUGAAGAGAUUCUAAACAAGACUUUUGGGGAGCUGGAGAUAUUAACCGACAAUGAAGAUGAUCUUGAAACAAUCUCUAUUAUGUUUGAGGUUUUCAGAUUGUAUGGACACAAAAUGCCUUGUGUUGUGUUUGAAAGAUUCAAAGGGGAACAUGAUGGAAAGUUCAAGGAAAGUGUAGUUGGAGAUGUUAGAGGGAUGUUGCAGUUGUACCAAGCAUCAUAUCUCAAAACAAAAGAUGAGGAUAUAAUGGAGGAAGCACGGAGUUUCACUAGGACUCACUUAGCAGUGACUACUACUCAUCCACAUCUCUCAAAGCUCAUAGAACAUGUAUUAUACAUACCUAGAUAUCGUUGCAUAGAGAUAGCAGUUGCAAGAGAAUACAUCUCUUUUUACAAAGAAGAAGAAUAUCACGAUGAGAAGCUGCUCAAGUUUGCGAAACUCAACUUCAGCUAUUGCCAGCUGCAUUACAUCAAAGAGCUCAAAGCUCUCACUAAAUGGUGGAAAGAGAUAGAUCUUGCAUCCAAGCUGCCGUAUACCUUCCGGGAUAGAAUUGCGGAGUACGGUUUGGGCAUGGUGGGUAUAUAUUUAGAGCCACGAUAUUCCCUAGCGAGGGUUAUAUGCACUAAAAUUUCCAUGAUCAUGACGGUUGUUGAUGACACAUAUGAUGCAUAUGGUACUCUUCCUGAAGUCACAAGUUUCACUGAUGCUUUGCAAAGGUGGGAUAUUGGAGCCAUUGAAGAUCUACCAAGCUAUAUGCAAAUCAUCUUCCGAAAUUUGUGGGAAAUUAUUCAAGAUAUUGAACGAGAAAUGAGUUCGCUAGGAAGACAUGGCGGUGUACAACCAACUAUUAAUGAGAUAAAGAGCUUGAUGAAGGAAGGGUACAUAAAGAUAGCAAAAUGGGCACGAACAGGUCAUGUACCAAGCUUUGAGGAGUACAUGGAGGUUGGGGUCGUCACAGCCGCAAUGGAUGACAUGACACUCUACAUCUUUCUAGGUAUGGAAGACUGUGAUGAGAAAAUAAUGUACGAGUGGGUCGCAUCCAAACCCAAAUUCAUCCAUGCUUUUAAUGUUGUGCUUCGUCUGACGAACGACAUAGCCACUUUCGAGGAAGAGCUGAAGAGAGGGGAAGUGGCAAAUGGAGUCAACUGUUACAUGAAACAACAUAGUGUUACUCAAGAAGAAGCGGUUACAGAAUUAAAGAAGAUGAUAAAGGAUCACCACGAGAUAAUGAUGGAAGAGUUCUUUAAAGCUUCAUCCACUGUACCACGCCAAAUCCUUGUGCGGGUCUUCAAUCUUGCACGUGUGAUCUAUUUGUUCUACAAGGAGGGUGAUGGAUUUGGUCAUCCAGGUGAAAAUCUCAAAGACCAGUUCACAUCUUUGUUUACAUAAAAUUCGCUUACAGAUACAUACGUGAUUUGAUUCUCAUGAAUCUCUUGUAUUAUGAUUAUCUCUAUCAUGUGUGUUAGUUUUGAGC